AUGGUGAGGGUUGGUGAAGCAUUGAGUGUAUCAACCUCAUCUUGUUCAUCUCUCUACGAUAGUGAAGUUGAAGAGCUUCAAAAGAUGCCACUAGAACCACCGAAGAAGCCCAAGAAACGUCUCUCUAAGCAACUCUCGAUGCUGGAGACCAAAAGAGACAUUGCAUGGGAGCGUCGUCGCCGCCAGAUGCUCCAUCACCUCCAGAGGAAGCAAAUAAACGAAGGAGAAGAUAUUGACUUAACGGACGAGGACUUGAGUGAGCUCAAAGGUUCCAUUGAGUUAGGGUUUGGUUUUAACGAGGAGCAAGGUCAACAGCUUACGACCACAUUGCCUGCGUUAGACCUUUACUUCGCUGUGACACGUCAGAUCUCGCCGGUUUCAACACCAGGAAGCAGUGGAUCUUCGUCCUCAAGACUUACUUCUCUUGGAGACCAUUCCUCCUCUUUUGGUAGUCCUAUCAGCGACUCAUCAGAUGGAUUGAAACUUUUGUCUCCAGGAGAUAAUCCCCAACAGGUUAAAACGAGGCUGAGGCAUUGGGCACAAGCUGUGGCAUGUUCUGUGAUACAACAUAAUUAA